CUUUCAGUGACAGGUUAGGUUGAGCGGUGGAGGACUUCCUGGUUGCAGUUAAAGGUGGAGACAGGAUGAACGUUGGCGUCGCUCACAGUGAGGUUAAUCCCAACACUCGGAUCAUGAACAGCCGGGGAAUCUGGCUAGCCUACCUCAUUUUAGUUGGAAUUCUCCAUGUCGUCCUACUGAGUAUUCCAUUCUUCAGCAUUCCGGUGGUGUGGACCCUCACUCAUGUCAUCCACAACUCGGCCAUGUAUUGGUUUCUGCACACGGUUAAAGGAACACCCUUUGAGACUCCAGACCAGGGCAAGGCACGGUUACUGACACAUUGGGAGCAAAUGGAUUAUGGGAUCCAGUUUACGUCGUCACGCAAGUUUCUCACCAUCACACCAAUAAUUCUGUACAUGCUAGCAAGUUUCUACACUAAAUAUAACGUUGUUCAUUUCCUGGUGAACACGACAUCUUUGCUCACUGCCCUCAUUCCCAAACUCCCUCAGCUGCAUGGGGUCCGCCUUUUUGGCAUCAACAAGUAUUGAGCGGGUAGUUGGUAGCUGAGCGAAUGCUCCAGCCAGCCUCAGAAGGGGGCCAGUAUCAAUGAUGGGCACAAUGUACUGAGACAAUGAACCAAGAAGAAACUGCUGGCUCCACCUCUCAAAUUAGCAACUAUUUACUUACUUGCCCAAGUGGCAGACCUUGUAUGUAGGAAUUAUUCUCUUAUGGAUAAGCUGCUUGUGUAUAAUUUUAUAUUUCUCUUUCUCUCCUUUUGCAUCAAUUGUACACAUAUAAAAGGUUUAUAUCA